UUCAUCGCUAACCGUUGGCAUAUCAGGCACCCCCAACUCAUCCAUCGUUUAUCAUAACCCUAUUCUCUCGCUAAAGAUCAAUUAAUAUCCAGCAUGCCCAACCGAAGCCAACCGUCCCACGCAGGCUACAGGUAUCAUCAGUCGACCGCCCUCAAUAUCCACGCGAGCGAUUGCCUUGACUGCCGCGUCAAGUUCUGGCAACUCGAAUGCGCCCAACAAGAAGAAAAGGCCGAGAAAGGAAGCGCGAAAGCCAAGAUCGUUCGAUGGUUGCAGCGGGUUGAAGACAAUGCCAAUCCUCAAAAAGCAUGGGACGCUUUCGGGAGAUGGGAAACCCCUCUCUUGACAGCACCGGAUUCACCAUCUCUUUCUGUCAUUCUGAAGAGACGCCAUUCCAAGCUAUCUAAAGGUAGACCGGGCUCGCACCAAGAUGAGCUAUUGAUAUUUCCAAGGUUACGAAGCGACAGGAACUCGCUGCGAUCGAAGCCCUCAGAUGGUAGCAUCGGCACUACAGGCGGGUCAACACAGCCAGGCUCGACAUAUCGGGCCUCAUCGUCAGCAACAUCGUCUGAAGCGCAAGAGAAAUAUGGGGAGCCGCCUCAAAUGCGACAUCGUUCAGUCCGCGCCCUACAAGCCGCUCCCAGCGACCCGACAGAGUCACCGGAUUCAGAACUGAUGCUUCGCACUCCGGAAGACCACCAUCAUUGGCGAAGUCUCAGAGCGGUCGACUGUAGCUCCAGCAACAGUGUGAGAUACAGCAAUCGCAAGCGGAGGCCGAUGGAGAGAGACGGCGACGCAACGGGUACCACCAAGCCGGGUCGAUUCGUCAUGUCGCAGAUCAAGUGGGCUCUUAUCAACCUGAGAGUCUGUCAAACGACGGAUCUCACGAUGUCCUUGCCCGAAGUUUCAAGAAAACGAGCACAGUACGCCAUGUGUUGGAAUCCUUUGAUAGGUGACAUUCGCAUCAAGAAGAACAGGUCAGGCCCGCCUCACCCCCGAAGGAUACCACACCUCACCAUAGGACUGCCGUUUAUGAAAUGGAUCGAAGAGAGCGACAUCCAAUGGGACAAGCACCCGGAGCCUUGCGACUUAGAGACCGCGAUGAUGAAGCUACUUGAGAUGGAGACCAAGCCAUCCUACGAGCCAGAAAUCAUCGACAGUUUCUACACCCACUGGAUCCGCACCGAGGACAUCGCGGCAGCGACCCGUGACGCGGCCGGGAGCUACUUGCAUGAACGAUGCGUCCAGCAGGAGCAGCUCUGGCCCCACGAUCUCUUCAUCCCGACUGCGAUCUAUUUCCUCGCGCGGUACGUUCCGCAAGUCCAGCUGGAGGUGCAGUUCCAGGACGCCGUGGUGGCGAUGUUGGAUGAUCUGCCACGGUUCGUCGGUCGGAUCGCGCUGCCUUGGGCGUGGCAUCGCGCCCGACUACCGAAGGACGAGCAUUGGAGGAAGGAUAUCCGGUACUUUUUGCGCAUCUUCAAUGUGCUCUUCCGAGGCCAUGAUACCAGCUUUCAGACAUAUUUGAAUAAGGUGCUGGCAAAGGGGGCGUUGCGUGGACGGAGGGUUGGUUCCAGGCAGCGGCGACGGAACCGCUUUAGUAUCAGAAGUUUGUAACUUUAACAUUCCUUUGGGUAUAUGCAUGUAUGGCCUUUAUUCAUUUGGGUAUCUUGUUCAUGUCUUCAUCAAGCUCGGACAACCCGAUCCGGUUAGAACAAGCCUUCGUCAA